GUGUGAUGUCACAUAAAAAAUGGCGGCCUCUAUUGUCAACAUGGAAAAUGUCAAAAAGUUGCUAGAGGAAAGCCUAUCAAAACUCGGAUUUGAAAUUCACACAUUAAAGGUUGGUUGGUACAACUCUGUGUUGACCCCCAAGCUGCACCUGCCUUACCCGGAUGACUGCCUCGCCAUAGUGGUACUCAGCACUCCCUCCAUGUUUGAACAAGCCUUCCUUCCCUUCAUGGAGGAGAGGGGCUGUCAGGGGGUAUCAGACCCCAUUGAUCAGUGCGUCAAGCACUGUGUUACCUCUGCUGUCUCACAGUGUUUUCCAGGACAGAAGGUGGACAUGAGGUACGACUACGAACUGCUGCCCAGCAGGAAACCAAAAUUCUUAGCACAAACGGCUGCUCACGUAUCAGGAGCAGCUUUCUACUACCAGCAGACUGAUGUUGCAGACCAUCCCUGGCAGAAUAAAAAGCUGUACGGCGUUUGUAUACAUCCCAGAUUGGGGGGCUGGUUCGCCAUCAGAGCUCUGCUGGUGUUUGAAGACGUCAAGGUGGACUCGGAUGUGGUCCAGCCCGCACCUCCUGACUGUGUCCCUUCAAGAGAGGACAGGAUUCACCUCCUGGAGGCUUUCAACUUUAACUGGCAGGACUGGAACUACAGGAACAUCAUCACUCCCACUCAGACCUACUCCCAGAAACAGAGGGACUAUUUUGUCACUCCGCCCGCCAAGCGACACACUUUGCUCAGGAGUUGGGGUUUCCUGCCAAAGUCGGACGAGCCAUCUGCACCCGGAUGCAGCUCAGGUGAAUUCAGUCAGAUGAAUGGACAUGGCUAAGAUCUUGUCACAUUUUUCACAGACUCUACUGGGGUCAUUUUUUAUCUUUCCUGCUUUCAACAUUUGACCUGUUUUAAGCUGACUUAAACUAUGCAUAGUUCACAACCUUAGCACAAGUUUGAAAAGUUAUUUUUGUAAUCAUAUCACAGUUUAAAAGUGGAAACCGUUACAUUUGAAAUGGAAACACUCUAAAAAGUUAUAUAGUCAUCCCUCAUUUAUGGUGGCUAAUUGGUCCCAGACCCGACCAUGCUAAGUAGAUUUCGGCAAAGUAGGAUUCAAUAUUAAUAAAAGGAAGAUUUUCAUAGGUGGAGCAUAGAAAAACUGUUUAUGACGUUGUAAAUAGGCUUAUAUUACCGUUAUUAGAGCUUUGUAAACUAUAAAUAACACCCCAUAGCCACCUUUACACUCCUGUUAUUCUUUAUUUACACCACAUUGCUAAUACACAGGCUAUGGGACUACUUCAGGGACACGAGACGGACACAGCUUUAAGGAUAGCAUGCUAUCGAGCUAACUAGUUACCCUCCAAUUUAUUUAUUCUAAACUUAAGAAAUUGUUUCAAAUGGAGUGGGGAAGGAGAACAAAGGAAAAAGCCAAAAACUUGCCGCUUUCACACUGAAUGGGAGGAGAACCAUUUUUCACUCCAUCACGUCAGACAUGCAAUGGCGGACUAUGUGCAUUGUGAAGGUAAUGUAAAUGGAAUGUCUCAUCAUUGUUUUGUGUCAUUACUGAUGCCGAGUGACCAUACUUCACAUAACUUGUCUUUAAAUAUGUUUUGAAUAAUAAUCAACCACGAAACAGCGAUCAUUUAUUUAAGUAAUUUUUGAAAAAACACAAAUGAGGCAGCAAUGUUCAAAUCGUGAUGUGGGAGGACGCAGCAAGGAAAGAGAUACGGGAACUUGUUAUUUAUUGAACUUGUCAUCAGAUCUCACAAUGAUCACAUAAUGGAAUGGAGGGGUAUUGCUUGGGGGUGUUUUUUGUUUCAUAUUUUUGUUUUAAUGCUGGGAAUCAUAUUUUCUUGAAGGCACAAUUGAGAAUAAAAAUAAAUGUUUGAUGUUCAUGCAGGAUAAUGACUUAUGUUUAUGUGAAUUUAAAAACUUUAACUUUUAAAUAAUAAUAGUAUAUACUAGUAUAGACUUCCAGGAGAGAGGUUCAGUUGUUGAGAAGAAGGCAUCAGGACGCUCAAAGUCUAGCAAGUGUCAGAACUGGAUCUGAAAGUUGAUUUAGCUGUGGGGUCAGGGCUUGUUGAGGAAUGGCAGGCAGAUGUGAGUACAUCUGCUUGGAGUAUCAUAAAAUCCACUUCUCUCGAGCAAAGACAUCAGGAAUAGACUGGUAUUCUGCAAAAGAUACAGGUAUUGGACUCUUGAACACUGUGGUAACGUCAUUUUUCUCUCUUUCUGUUUGUUUGGGGCAAAAGGUAAGCGCUACCAUCAGUCCAGUGUCAUGCAAACAGUAAAGCAUCUUUAAAUCAUUUAUGUGUGGUGUUGCUUCUCAGCCAAGGGAAUAAAUAAGCUCAGUCACUUUUUGCUGAAGAACACAACCAUGCUUUUUGCAGCGUGAUGCUGCCAUAAGGCAAAAGUAGAAACGGCAUGAAUUGAAAAAGAAGGUUCAAUAGCAUGCAAUGAAUGAGAAUGAAAUGCUUGUAAUUAUACUUCAGAAUGUCAUUGUAGCAUCUGACAAAAAUAUCUGAAAACAUUAAACAAGCAAACUUUGUGAAAAACAAUACUUUUUGCAGUCAUCAAAUCUUUGGCUGUGACUGCACUCAGCAGUCUGUGAUAAUAUGUAUUUCCUGCAAUAGAAAGUCAAUUGAGGGCGCGUUCACGAUACAGCCGCUAGGUGUCAGUAUUGUAGUGCUUUCUGUGUUUAAGUGUGACCAGCUGCACAACUUGAAAAGGUCUUUGCACAUCAUAAGGUAAUAACACUUUCUGCUCCAUUUAAAUGUUUUAGUAGGAUAGCGAGGCGAUCUUUGAAUAACUUUACUUCAUACGGCUGCACUUUUCUCGAAUGAACUUCUCACCUGAGCCCGUUUUCCCACUUGUGCCGUUACAGUAGAACUAUCUGUGUACUGAAUCAGCAUUUCUGGCAAAGGCCUGCCGAGAGGCGAACCAGAGUUA